CGACACUGACGUCAUUAAUGGAUUACUCUUUGAUUAUUCCUUUACUUACCCCCGCAGCUCCACGUGCCACUGACGCGCCGUUUGGAAGUGGGUCGGCUCAGCAUUAGUGCUUGUGAAGGUUGUCUGCCUGCUGUUGUUACAGUUUGUGUCGUUCAAACUACAGAGGGGAAGGCUUUUCAUCCUCGCAUCAUGGCAGAGGCCCCAGCAUCCACCUCCUCUGAGGAUGACCUGCCGGUGCAUUGGAAACGUUCCAAUCAGCGAAGCAGGAAGUCUGGAUGCUCCAACAUCUUUGCAGGGUCAACCUGCACCAGCUGCACAGGCUGUUCAGAACAGCUGGAGACGGAGACGCUGAACAUCGGGCCAAGCUGGUGUGGCGAGGGAUGGAUGAAGGAACGCAGAGGGCAGAUGAGGCGAGGGAGGAGGAAGGGGAGGACAGCGGGCAAGAGGCAGGGCUGGCCCAGGCCUUGGUGGGGCUCCGAGUCCGAGCGAGGAAUAAAGCGGGUAUCAGAGCAGAGGGAUACAGGGACCACAAGUGGCUCAGAGCAUCAGGGUAUCUCAGGAUUGAGGACCCAUCAUCCAGCAACCCUGUUGAGGACGAGGAGGCUGAUGUAGCGCCUAGUUCGGGAGGAUUUCUGCCGGUGACUGAGGAAGACAUCCCAGAGGACCAAAACCCCUUUCAACCUUCCUCAUGGAGGAUGGGUGUGACAAGACAGGAGGGUGCCAGAAACUCUGAACGCUACCUUCACCGUAUCCUCCACUAACAACGGUGUGAAGGAUUAUUUGGAACAACACACAGUAGUGGAAGCUGGAAUAAGAAAUUGAUUCUGAAUUAAAAUUGCAUACAGUACUGUUAACUGUUAGCCCCUUCUGCUAACAUGUAAUCUACAUGUUAGACCCCAGGAUAAAGAAAUACCAGUGCACUUUGGUAAACCAAGGGAUUAGUCCAACUACUAAAUGUGUAUGUAGAUAAAAACAACAGCAGAAAAAAGCAGCAUUAUUUGCAGGAGAAUGAAAUUUCCGAAGUACAUGGGAACAAUGCAUUUGUCAUGGCAUACCAAUUAUUAGCUGGGCAGUUGGUGUUGUACUUGCCAGAGAACUUAUGAUAUAUUAUCAAAUUAAACAUGGCUGGAUGACACUACGUGAAGAGCACUUUAAAAGCAUAUGUAUACCAGGGUGUUUUGUGUUUUGAUGACUUAAUACUGAAAUAAACGUUUAAAUAAAGAUGCCAUUAAUCAGAUUCUUUCAAAAAACUGCAAUAACAGACUUUUUGGUCACUUGGGAGCAGCGGAAACAAGGGGUUAACACAAAGCUGACAUCACUUUUAAGCUGAUAUGGCGUCAGGAGUCUCGUUUCUGACCACUUGAUGAACGUUAGGCUGAUAUUCACUCUCCUUUAAGCUCUUUUUGGUCUCCACCAACUCCUGAUGGAAAUAUCUGGCUAUUUAGCUGCUAAAUGCUCCGCUAACUUCCCCAGCUAGCUGCUUACUGUCUGCGGUUGGUUCUGAGCAGGUAGCAGUGAACAAUGGAUUUUUUUGAGAUUUUUUGCUCAAAUGCUGAUGAGAACAAAACAGAAAUGAUGCCGGCCAUAAAACCAAAACAAUGAGCUGAAAGACACUGAAACGCUGUGUAGAGCUGAAGGGAACUAGAGUCAGACUGAUGAUUUGUCCGGCCGUUACUGUAUUAAAGUGUUGGUGUGUUGGACUAUAACAACUGUAAAAUAA